AUGUCUGGCGCAGUAGCCAUUCUCAAGCGACUCUGGUAUCGAGACGCGUCGACGAGCAGCUCUUCGUCGCCGAGCUCGACGACCAAUAGCCCAAGUGACAAGGCGUUUCCGUCGCUCCAGGACCAGCGCGGGUCGGUGGGCAGCGAGUACUCGUCCUCGUCACGCACUAGCUCGCCACACAGGCUGGUGAGAGCGCUCUCAUCACGCCUCCGACAGCGCAGCAAGACUGCUAACGGCGCACUCGAGGUCAACGCUCCCAAUCCGCAGGUCAUUGAAGCUCUCCAGUACAGACGUCCAAAAUCUGCGCAUUCUUCCCUCUCGUUGAACGGCCUCGUGAACUGGAGCAGGUCACCACGACCCACGGUCACAAAGAAACCUUCGGAAACAGAAUUCGGCGUCCGCUCGUGUGUCUCCCAGAACGAUGCUACUACCGCCGUCCCGCGCUCACCUGGCUCUCCGCUGCUCGCGACCUUUUUCCAACCGUCUCCAAAGACUGCCCAUCUCACUAUUCCAGACACACGUGCAAUUUCAGCAUCCAGGAAUGCCUCCAAGGAGACCCUGCAGCUCGAGGAUGCAGCAUCAGCACCACCACCACAGCAAAUACUUCGAUCACACUCGCUCCCGGCGGAUGCGCUUUUGCGUUCGGGCGUGCCCAUUCCACCAGACGACGACGUGGAUCAGGAAAUCUCUGCGCACGCCGUCGCCCUCAAUGGUCCCCUCACGGCACCAGUGACCCGUUCCCAAACGCCACCACUGCCCAGGAGAGAGGUUCAUUCCGACCAAGAGGACGAGGGAGACCGUUCGAGGACUCCCUCUGAGCCAUUGCAGCCUAUCAUGCAAAUGCUGGCUGUCGUAGAGAGGCACUUGGAGAGACUAAACUAUGGCGCCCUGAACAUUGUCGCGCAGUACAACGGCGUGUCUCCGACCUAUUCGUGGACACUCUUGGGCUGGGAUCCGAACCGCGGAGUUGCAGCGCCCCUAGAGACCCCCAAACCACUCCACCCGGCGUUUCAGAGCAUGCUCGUGGAGGAAGCGCCGGGUCUGGAGCGUCUGACUGAGCUCGACAUAGAGUCUCAUCCACAGGGCAGACUGCCCGGUACCGUGGGUGUUGCCGGGCUCGGAUGGGAGAGAUUUGAUGUGGCCUCUCGUGGGCGUCGCCAGACUGUCUACUUUAUGCAAGGAGCCCUUCCACCGCUCUCUGGCCCCGAGCUCGUCCAAAAGCUCCAAGAAGCCAAACGCAUACUCGAGCCAGAAAGGGCAGAGGAAGAAGGCGAACGCUUGCGAAGCAUCAUUGGCCAAGGGUCGUCUGCCUUUUUCGAUGCAGAGAGACCAUACAAUUCGCAGGCCGGAGAUUUGAUUCGGGUGCUCAACCGAGAGGACCUUUUUGAAGAUUUUACUCUGGCUGAUUCAGUCUACCUUCUCGCCAUAGCACCCCCUCCCAUGGGCAUGGGCGUUCGCCUCUUCCUCCUCCAGGUUCUCAUUGGAUAUGAGCUCUACCUUCGCCUCAAGGUAUGCGAACACGCCUCGACGUUUCCUGGAAUCACUCAGCAAGUCAAUUCGACGCUCGAGGUCGCCGUCCGAUGGGUCGAAAACGUAUCUGCGGAGAUCAGUGACGGCCAGCUAAAGGUGUAUUCAAAAGUACACGAGAAACAGGCCGACGGUCUCAUCGCGUUUGUCGAAGCGAUGAAGUGGCCGUUACUGGAAGAAGUUCGCCAAUUCGCCCCCACCGCGUAUUCGAACCAUUUGAAUGGCAAAAUUGUCGACGUUCAUUUCCUCGAUUGGCUCUAUGGAACCUGUCUCCCGGGACGAUGGUUUGCAUGGAAAUGCAUGUCGGCGGCAAUCUAUGCCUCUCCCUCGUUGCGCGCGUUUGGGACGACACCCUACUUUGAUGCGGGGUUGGUGCUGCGCGAGCAUUCGUAUUGGCGGACACGAACGCCGCUCGCUCGGGUUCUAGGAGGGUUGAAGGAGACCAAUUGCGUGGCGGGUUGGGUUGGGCCUUGUCCACCAGUAAAGACGACGGCAGGCGCAACGUUUACGGGGUGGAUAAGGAUCAAGAGCAAGCCAGCAGAGUUUAGCCAGAUGAACAAUGCGCUCGAUGACAUGACAGAAGACGAACACGAACUUCAAGACCGAGGUCUACGAGUGCGUCCCGGUGAAACCCCUCGAGGGUUGCUCAAUGAACUGGCCGAUAUGACGAAGUGGGUAUUACCGACACCCGUUCCCAAAUCGGCGACAGUGCCGAAGGUCAUCGACGUACGAUUGGAUCUGCUGCCGCUUGAAGACGACGAGGAUAUCACCAGUCAGCAAGCCAGCGCGACAGUCUCGUUUGAUGUCGGGCAAGAAUGCACAGUCGAAUACAAUAUCGUGCACAAUUCGGUCAUGGUCGCCUCACCGCCGUGCAUGAGCGGACCCCAUCUCGCACACGCCAGGGAGCUCGAGCGGUAUCGCAACGUGGUUGACGUCAAGGAUCUCAAAGACCAAAAUUUAGUAGCGCCUGGGAAGUUGCUACUCAUCAAUGCUACGGGUGGUGGAGACGCCGAAGCGCUCGCGAGGGCAUGGUGUAGCGAAGUUGGACGACAUGCAGUCAUCUCAAGAGGACCGGCGACUUGCUUGACGUGCGCGUUUAACACGACGGAGAAUCUCGAACUGGAUGUGCUCAUCCUCAGCUAA